AGCUGCUGCGGGGGCGAUGGCCGCGCCGAGCCCGGGGCCCCGCGAGGUCCUGGCCCCCUCCCCAGAGGCUGGACACAGAGCUGCCACCUCGAGCUCUGGCCGCCGUGGCCUCCUCUGGCGUCUACGAGACAAGCAGUCUCGCUUAGGCCUGUUUGAGAUUGGCCCAGGGCAUGAGCUGCACCAGCUGACGUGUAUGAUGCAGGCAGGGCUGUGGGCUGCCACUCAAGUGUCCAUGGACCACCCGCCCACGGGGCUGCCCACGGAGGAGGAUUUCUCUGAGGUCCUGACCCAGGUUCACGAGGGCUUCGAGCUGGGCACCCUGGCUGGCCCCGCCUUCGCCCGACUGCGGCGCUCCCUAGGGCUGGCAGAGGAGGACUAUCAGGCUGUGCUGGGUCCCGGCGGCCCCUACCUGCAGUUCCUCAGCACCUCCAAGAGCAAGGCCAGCUUCUUCCUGUCCCACGACCAGCGCUUCUUCCUGAAGACCCUGCGGCGCCGGGAGGUGCGGGCGCUGCUCGCCCACCUGCCCCGCUACGUGCAGCACCUGCAGCGGCACCCACACUCGCUGCUUGCGCGGUUGCUGGGAGUGCACAGUCUGCGGGUGGCCCGGGGAAAGAAGAAAUACUUCAUCAUCAUGCAGAGCGUCUUCUAUCCCACCGGCCGCAUCUCCGAGAGGUAUGACAUCAAGGGCUGCGAGGUGAGCCGCUGGGUGGAGCCCGCCCCUGAGGGCAGCCCCCUCGUCCUGGUGCUGAAAGACCUCAACUUUCAGGGCAAGACCAUCAACCUGGGGCCCCAGCGGAGCUGGCUCCUCCGCCAGAUGGAACUGGACACCGCCUUCCUCCGGGAGCUCAACGUGCUGGAUUACAGCCUCCUGAUGGCCUUUCAGCGUCUCCAUGAGGAUGAGCGGGGCCCAGGCAGUAGCCUCAUCUUCCGCACAGCCAGGUCUAUGCGAGGGGUACAGAGCCUGGAGGAGCCAGAAGCCCAGAACCGCCGGCUGCUGCCCGACGCCCCCAACGCCCUACACAUCCUGGACGGGCCAGAGCAACGCUAUUUCCUGGGCCUCGUGGACCUCGCCACAGUCUACGGGCUCCGCAAGCGGCUGGAGCACCUGUGGAAGACGCUGCGCUAUCCAGGCCGGACCUUCUCCACCGUCAGCCCAACUCGCUACGCCCGUCGCCUCUGCCAAUGGGUGGAGGCGCACACCGAGUGACCGGCGCCCAGCCGCGCUCUCCCCACCUGGACAAUGGUCGCCCGCUGGGGACGCGGGUUCCAGCCUGGCCCGGGCAGCGGGUCGGGCUCUCCUCGCCUGUUGUUCCUCCACUUGGCCUCCAGAGGGCAGCACCCCCUAAUUAAUAUUAUGAACUCAUUUUGCUGGGGAUGCUGUGCCUGGCAUUGUUAUCAGGGACUCCCCUACGUUAGCUCAUUUAGUCCUCAAAAAAAAAAAAAAUGCUAUUAUUCUUUUUUUUUUUUACAGACCAUGAAAUGAAGGCUCAGGGGGUGAAGGGACUGAGCAAGAUCAUUCAGCAAUAAAUGCUGGAACCAGGACUCAACUAUGCCUUUUGGACUCAGGAGCCUGUAUUCUUACUCACCAGCUCCCGCAGCCCUGUCCUCACUGGGGAAAGGGGGAGGCUGAAGCCACCAAGCCCAGCCCCCUUGUCGUCCAGAUGGGGAAACUGAGGCCCAAAGACUUUAAGGGGCUUAUGCACGGGAAACUCCAACUCUGCCUUUGACCCCAGUCCAAUCCGACCAUGCCCAAGUGGCCCUUUCCUCUAGAGCUUCUCUGGGGCCUGGCUGAGUGAUCAGGACAAGGUGCUAAACCUCUCUGUGCCUCAGUGGUCUAAUCGUUAAAAUGGAAACAUUUAACUCA